AUGGACUAUGAGCCCGAUGGGACGCAAGAGCUGCUGAUUGACUCGUCCCAGGAGAGAACUGCGAGACGCACCGAGCACCUGCUAGUGGCAGCAAGGUUGUCCUUCUUUUUCUUCCAUGGCCUCCUCAUCAUCUCGGCCUCCCUUGGCUUCGAGGAAGUGUCGUGGUGGCUGAUCUUUACCCCUGCGUGGCUGGGAGAUGUGGUUUGCCUCGUGCUCGUGAUUCUGUCCUGGUUUGGCUCUUGCCCGUACGUCCAAUCCUGUCUGCAAGAGCGGCAGGCGCGGCUUGGAGACACAAAUCCGAGCAUUCUGACGGACAUCCUCCCGGACAUAGUCAUGGGCAUCUUGUCCCUCAUUUACAUGCUUCUUGCUCUUGUGGCGGAGCUCCUCCUGUGCAGAUACCUCAGCGAGCUGAGUCACGGCUUCGAUGCGGUACCCGUGGCACCGGCGAUGCGUCUGUAUUUGACUGAGAAACUCCACGUCUGCAGCGAAGCGUGCAAGACCAGGCUCAGCCUCCAUCAGUUUGCAGAUCCUUCCAGCGCGGGCAGAGAGGAUCUUGUGGCCAUGGUGCGUGGUCGAGAGCUUUCGGCUGCCCCCCAUCGCGAAGUGUUGGGAUGUGGGAGGGCUGGAUUCCAGGAUCUCGCAGGCUUCUUCUUCCUCUUCUUCUUCUGCUGCUUUUUCUGGAUGCUGAGGUUCUCUGCCUCCUGCUCUCUGCCAUAUGUCAGCUGCGGCGCUGCCGCUGCAUAUUGUGCCGAGAGGAGAGCUGAUUCUUCGGAUUCUGGAGUUGGUGGUGUUGACAUUAGCCUGAAGCCCAAGUGGGGCAACAGAGUUCCGCUAGUGCUGAAGCAGCUGCGAUGUCCUGUGCUACCCCACUCCAAGGUCUUGGCAUCUGUGCUGGCCGCAAUGGUUGAGCUCUCGCAAUCCCUCGCUCUAGGCAUCGGAGAUCGCCAUGUGGGAAUGGCGGGCAUCGUGGCAGGGACAGGUAUUUGUGCGCUGGCUCUACUGCAUGCGCGGAUGGCUGUGGCCGAAAGCAG